GCAAUUGAAGGAGUGGCCUCUGCUCGCAACGCUAUUCCUCCCUCCUCCGCGACCGCGAGCGGCCCUCCGGCGAGACGCGUAUCUCGUGGCUGCCAGAGCUUUGAGGCACGGCAAGCUGGUCGGGGUUCGAGAGCUCCUCCCUCAACUGCCGUCCUCUCCACAUGCCGCUGGAGAAACGCCCGCAGUCCCCAGUUAUCUGUGAACAAAGAAUUCUAAUUCCAAACGAGCACGGGGAGAAGCUUGUUGGUUUAUUACAUCAAACAAGUUCAAAGAAACUUGUGAUCCUUUGUCAUGGAUUCCGAGCCACAAAGGAUGACAGCAUCUUGGUUGACCUUGCUGAUGCCAUCACAAAGGAAGGAAUUAGUGCUUUUCGGUUUGAUUUUUCUGGAAAUGGGGGAAGUGAUGGUGAAUUCCAGUAUGGAAGCUACAGAAAAGAGGCAGCUGAUCUGCGCUCUGUAGUAUUACAUUUUUCAGAACAGAAAUACGACAUAGUUGCUCUUAUUGGGCAUAGUAAAGGAGGAAAUGCUGUGCUUCUAUAUGCUUCCAAGUACCAUGAUGUCCCUAUCAUUGUGAACAUUUCUGGCCGCUUUGCAUUAGAGCGAGGUAUCGAGGGGCGCCUUGGGAAGAAUUUCAUGAUGAGAAUAAACAAAGAUGGAUACAUCGAUGUGAAGAAUAGAAAAGGGGAGCUGGAGUACCGGGUGGCGAGAGCGAGUCUGGAAGACCGGCUGAGCACUGAUACCCUUUUCUCCAGCCGUGCCAUAAGCAAAGACUGCAGGGUUCUCACGAUCCACGGCGCCAAAGACGAGAUCGUCCCGGCGGAGGACGCACUGCAGUUCGCGGCGAACAUCCGCAACCACGAGCUGCGCAUCAUCGCGGAGGCCAACCACCGUUACACCGGGCACGAGGAGGAGCUGGUCUCGCUGGUGCUGGGCUUCCUCAGGUCCCAUCUCCACCAGGGCACGUCGCGCUUGCGUCCGAAACUGUAGAGCACACCCACUUGACCCCUUUGGCCUUUGCGAAGAGAGAAAAAAAUCCCCUGUUCCAAUCCAAGAGUGUGGAUAUGGUUUGUACUAUCUGGAUGUGUUUAUCCAGAACCAGAACCUCGAGUUGCUAGAACAUUUGCCGUCCAAAUCAGCGUGACUCUAGAAUUCAAAAAAGUCAGUUCCAGGCA